AUGCUUAUACUUGAUGAGUGUUCCUCAUUUUUGAGACAAGCAUCGCAGAAUUUGCCGCGAACUGCAAUGCUAGCCCAAAUUUUGAGAAAAUCACCCAAUGCUAGCGUAAAACAGACAUUUUUGGUGAGCGUAAGGAAGUUCCACUUUACGUCGCACUUAUUUGACUACAAAAAAUGGGCCGAUCUGUCCACGAAGGACAAACAGACGUUUAUCAACGGGUAUGUCGACAUGUACAAGGAAAAGCAUCCAUGCAGCCAUAGCAACACCAUGCAUCGAAUGCUGGUUGGUGAGAUGGAGGAGUAUGGCGAUACACCUUACGUUUUUGGUAUUCUCUAUAACGAGAUCCGGUCGAUAUCGCAGAACGAGUCUGUCGAUAACGUUAGGGGAAAAGACGCACUUGGUGAUCCUGAUUUCGAGAAGCUGCUAAGUAAAUGA